AUGGCUUUAGAGCACCUUCAUAGCAACAAGACUAUCCACAGAGACAUAAGUGCUGCAAACAUUCUAUAUUUUGAAGAAUAAAAAGUCUAUAAACUAGCUGAUUUCGGAGUAGCUAAGUUUGGAACCGCUCACAAUAAUGCAGGAAAAUAGAUUAUAUGGCUCCAGAAGUUAUAUAAGUUUAAACAGUGGGUUAUAACGAGAAGGUAAAGAACUGCAAGUAAUCCAGAAAUCAUCAUUUUACCAGAGCAAUAUACAACGUUAUAGCCAAUACUCAACAAAUUUACUCAUUUUAGUCCUGCAGAUCGACCCAAUGCCUCAGAAUCUCUGAAAUUCUUCUUAGAGUAGUUAGAUGACUAAACCAUGUAUUAAUAGUACUCUGAAAUAAUGCUAGAGCUUUAAAAAGCAAAGUUAUUAUCGAAAAUAACUAAUAAUGUAAAGUGCAUCUACCAUAUGAAACUAAAUGAAAGUGAUCUCGUGCAGUUAAAAGAGUUAAGAGGUUACUUUUAAGUAGUCAUACCUUUACAAAGACAAUCAAUUACUAAACUUAAUAAAAAGUAUUAUAAACCUUGGAAAACAUAGAAAAGAGAUCUCAAUGCAGAAAACGCUAAAUUUACAGCAGUGUAUGGUUACGAAGAAAAAAUAAUUGUUGGAAGAGAAUUAGGUAUGAUACUUGUCUUUGAUUAGAAUUUCUAAUUGAAAAAGCCAAUUGAUAACAAAGAUCUAAUUAGAGGAAUCAAUGAAAGAGCUGGGACAGAUAACCAACCAUGCAUGCUUUUCAAUUGUAGAAACAUUUAUAAUUCUAAUAGUUAAUGCAUUCUUGCUGGCUGCGGAAGAUACCUUAAAAUUCUAUGCAAUAAAAAUGAUUUCGCUAAUAUUUACACUAUUGACUUUGAAAAAGAGAUUAAAACAAUUAUUCUUAAAGAUUUCCAGACAUUUAGAAAUGCUCUUAUAGGAUUGUCUGAUAACAGCCUCUUCUUCCUUUAAGAUACUGAAAAAUUCUAAAGCCUUGAAAUAUCAUUUGGUUUUAACCUGCCAGACAAUGAAGCCAAGAUUAAUCAUGCUUGUGUAUUGAGUGAUUUUACAAAAUAUUGGGUAUUUGUAGCUACUAAUAAAGGUAUUUACUAUUUUCUAGGAGACGAAGAAGGGGAUUAAGAUGGGAAAUUAAAAUCAGUUCUUAUUUCUGAAGAAAAAUCAAAGAAUGAAAAUGUGCAAAUAGAUAAAAUAAAAUAACUAGGAGACUACUUCUUUUAUUCUGUUGAAACUAUGCUUAACAAUAAUAUCGCAGUUUCAAGGCAUGGCUUGAUACAGAUUUACAAUUUAUAAGAAAAAGUUAUUCUAAAAGAGAUUGAUACAAAUGGUGAAUGGUCAAUACUUUAGAAUAUGAAUGCAUUUACUCUGAUAAAAACAUAGUCUAAGUUACUGCUAAUGCAGUUUUAAACUUUCAAAAUAAUCGAGCUAGCAAAAUCAAUUCACAUAGGUGAAAUGCCUUCUCAGUCAUUAAUGAGUAUUGCAUAGGGAAAUAUAAGUUAGCCUAUAAGAAUCAUUGACAUAUAACUCAAGAGAGAUAAAUUUGAUAAAAAUAGACAUAUUUCAAGUAUCAGAGAAUUGAAUUUCAGUGUUGAGACAAUGAAUGAAAUAAAUUAACAACUAAGAUGA